AUGGUUGGGGACGCCCCGACCGACGCAAAAGCCGAGCCGCCCGUGAAACCAGAGGUCGCGUCCAAUGCCGAAGCCGCCAAACCCCUUUCGCCUCCUCCUCGACCCGGUCAACAACAAGGUACCGACACUCCUGACUACUUCGCGGCCACGGUCGGUGGAUCUCUCAGUCUGGAGCCCAAUCCCUUCGAGCAGUCCUUCGGGGGUGCCCCAGAGACACCAGGAGGCACCAAGCUGCCGUCGGUCGCCGCCUUAACGUCGCCCUCGUCCCUCUUGCCCGGCCCCAACGCAACACCAUUCAACUGGGGUGGAGGUUCGCUGCGGACUAGCCCUCUGAGCCCAGCCAUGCUUUCUAGUCCUGCCAAUGACUACUUUGGUGACACCCAUCAUCUGCGCGGCGGCUUCCCUACACCUAACGAAUCUUCCUUGAGGACCGGCUUGACUCCGGGCGGCAGCGGGUCUAUGUUCCCUGCGCCCAGUCCCAACUCCCAAGCCCUCUUUGCCCAGCUUGCUAGCGGAGGGGCGACGCCUAGCACCAUCGAUUUCCAUCGUACUGCUAUGAGCGCGGCUGCCAAGAGAGAGCAAACAAACGGUGUUCGACGACAGUCCGGACAAUCCCAACCGGCUCCGCCACGGCAACAGCCAUCGCUCACGUCUCAACCCCAAGAGAUUCCCAACGGCCCCGUCGUAGUCAGGUCCGAGACGAAGCCCGCAUCCGGUCCCUUUGACCCUCACGACAACGACGCCGCCAACGGCCUUUUCAUGCUUGCCCAGGGCAGGAAUGGGGCCCAAUCGACGAGCCAGUUUGCUGUCACUUCGGGCGCAACUAGCCACGCACACCCAGCCCCCGUUGUGCCCCAGAAUAUGAACACUUCGCCGCAGAUGUCGAGCGCCAAUGGUGGCUCGAUCGGUUCCGCUCGCGGUGUGAGCGAAGGUAGUAUCGCGUCGGACGAUAGCGACCAGGCGCGACCCAAUACACGAGGCAAGGGCAAGAAGAACCCGCCCGCCACAAAUGGUAGAAGAAAAGCCGAUGAUGCUCCCGCAAAGGCACCCCCAAACAAGAAGUCCAAGGCCAAUAGGGCUGUCACUAUGCCUGAAGACAUGGAUAUGUCCGACGACGAGUCCAAUAUGAAGUAUGAUGAAAAUGGAACCAAGUCCAAGAUGACGGAUGAGGAGAAGCGCAAGAACUUCCUUCAGCGAAACCGUGUUGCUGCCCUGAAGUGCCGUCAAAGAAAAAAGCAGUGGCUUGCCAACUUGCAGACCAAGGUGGAGAUGUUCAGCACUGAGAGCGAUGCUCUGACUUCGCAGAUCACGCAGCUGAGAGAAGAAGCGCUCAACUUGAAGACACUCCUUCUCGCACACAAGGACUGCCCAGUUACACAACAACAAGGUCUCCACAGCGCCUUCAUGUCUCAGGUGGUCGAACCCUUCAACCCCCAAAUGAACCCCUAUGGCCUGGGUGCACCCAUGCCCAGUCAACCGGUCAUGGCUGGCCAGGGUGUCCAACGGCGUUUCUGA